CCCACCACACACCACGGCUGGAGUGUCUGGUCUUAGGACUUCAGAGACCACCAUUCUGUAUGAUUGUCGAUGUAGAGGGAAACGUUUGUUUUAGCUCCACUACCUAGACAGCCAGGCCCUGGUUCACAAUGCUAUUAACUGUCACUGUUGUGUGCUGAAGAUGUAUCGGUUUGGCUCCUGUUCUACUUAUCCAUUGGGCUGACAAAGAUAAGAUGAGCAGGGAACAUGCAGGAAUCGAAAUGGACCUUGCUUUUGGAUCAGUCAAGCCUUAUGGGUCCUCUCGGAGUAUAGUGAGAAGAAUUGCUACAAGCCUUCCUCUUAAACCUUGCGCUCGUGUUCACUUUCAGCUUCACCCUUAUACGGAAGCUGACGGCCGUCUCCACAGCUCAGCCGAGCAGAAUGGGUCUGUCCCCUCGCUCGCAGAUGUGGCCUGGAUCGAGAGAGGAGCAUUCGACACCCCGGCCACACUCCGGUCCGGGGCGGGGGCGGGGGCGGAGCCUGGGUUUAUUUUCCGCUCACACCAGCGCCCGUCGUUCAGGCCUCUGAAGAGACAGCGGUCUCUGCCCUCCCUACACCAGGAGGCGCUAGAACGGCCUUUGCCCUCCUUCCACCAGGGGGCGCUAGAGCCCCAGGGUCCUGCAGGUGGCAACCAGGAGGCCAUUCAGAAGAUCAGCGCCCUGGAGAAUGAGCUGGCAAAGCUCAGGGCUCAGAUAGCACAGAUCGUGCUGCGCCAGGAGCAGAACGCCCAGCCUGCUGCAGGACCCGCUGCUGCGCCAGCUCCACCCGGGGGGGCUCCACCCCCACCCCCUCCACCUCCGCCUCCUCCUCCUCCUCUUCCUCCGCCAGCACCCCCUGGCCUUCAUCGGAGCAUGUCGGCCAUCGACCUGAUCAGAGAGCGGCGUGGGAAGAGGGCCCCGGGGGAGACGGUGCUGGACCCGGGGCCAAAGCAGCCGGAGGUCCCCAACAUGCUGGACGUGCUGAAGGACAUGAGCAAGGUCAAGCUGCGCUCCGUCAGUCGGCCGGAGGAAGGCUCUGCCAAACGGAAGCCCAGUGAGCCUGUGGAUGCAGCCUCUCUCAUCGCUGAAGCUUUAAAACGCAAGUUUGCUCACCGGUACCGGAGCGAGAGCUGCAGUGAGACCUGGAGCGACAGUCACGUCAGCCACCCUGCCCCGCACCCAGACUCUCCCCCAGAGACCCCAAUGUUUGGACAGCACAUGUUGAAGGCCACGGGGAGGAAGAAGCUCUUUUAGAGCAGGGAAUCGGUGGUCUGGGCCUGUCCGAUUGGAGCGGAGGUCACUGCACCGCCUUUACGGAGGGAAUUUGUGACCAGUCAGAUGGAUAAGUGACCGAGGCGACCACCACGUUCUGCGGGUUGGGGUUUGUCUCUCUUUGGGAUGUUGAGAGGGCUUGUGGAUUUUAUUCGUGUCCAUAUACAUGAGCCACCGCUUAGGUUUUAACUUAUUUUGUCUAAAACUCUUAAUCAGUGCUAAUUUCAUAGUUCAAUUGAAAUUGUAUUAAUGUUGAAGGUCACAAGGAGUCUUCUUGAGCACCGUGCGCCAUGAGAUGCCUGCCUCAGAGAUGCCUCCCUGUGCUGUUUAAGUCAUUCCAAGGCAGGCCCUGCUCUGAAAGAAGCAUGUCGGUUUUUAUAUUACAGAAUGUGGAUCUUUGUACAGAAAUGGAAAGCACAAGUUUGUCAUCUUAAAGUCCGUUUGACUUUUAAACACUACAGGAAGUGGGAGAAAAGGGGGCGGGGUGGAUUCCAAAGCAGAGAUGUAUAUAUAUAGACUAUAUAUAAUGAGAAGGUUCAGUGCGGAAGGCGGUCACACCUCUUUGCCGGACGGGUGUUGUGUGUGUCACUCUGACACUGAAGGGACACUACUUCUGGAGGGACACUACUGUCAUCAUUUCAUCCCCACUGCUGCUCGCUCAUGAGGGAUGAGGGUUCAGAGCACUUUCAGUUGGUCUGUUCCAUCUUGUGGAAUGUUGUAUUGCAUUACAUAGUUGUGAAAAUGUCAUUUUAUUCGGAUGGUUUCUAUUUAUAUUUGAAGUUAGGAAGUACGUUAGUAGGAUAACUACUAAAAAAAUUGCCAAGUAAUUUAUAUCAUUUGUGUUUCAUGUUAAUAAAUGAAAAUGAAGCAUUUUUGUUCACUAAAUAUAUCCACACAUAUUAACUGUGUAGGACUGUUUUGAUCUGCUUCCUUUUCUUAGUGUUGAAUUAAGUUGCCUAGAUUCCACUAAAUCAGUACAAUAAUAAGAAAUGUUGCAAUGUCUAUGUAUGGUGCAAGGCCAGGGAAUUGAAGCACUACUUGAUACUCAUUUAAUCUCCUGGGCUGAAUUCAUAAUUCAACUUGACAAUGUGUCCAGUAAAUGAUUGGUAUGUAUUCUCUGACAAAAAAAUAUUCAAAUUGUUACAUUUGUGUUCCAGUCCAUGCAUUGUCUUCAAAUGCAGCCGUAUUAUUUACCGUACAUCAGUGUUGUAAAGCCAAAGACACCUUGUUGCAUAAAUAUUCUUCAGCGCUUCUUCAGGGCAGUCAUCUAGUUGAGUAAUAUAAUGGAUACAAUUUUUUAUUUUGGUUUUUAUCAAAAGUAACACUAGACCGCCACCAGCCAUAAUUAUUUAAGCAACACUUUGCCUGUCCUUUCACUGAUAAUUUAGUCUUGCACAAUACUGUUUCAAGGGAAAGGCUUUUAGAAAGAAAGGCAUGUCUGUUUUAUACAACCUCCAAAUCAUAGUCAUCCUUGGACCUGUCUAGACUGUUUGUGUCCCUGCUGUAACUUACGAAAUGUUUCAAUACAAAGCACUGUGCUCAAGCUAAAUGUUUGAUGUCAGCUGAACAAAAAAGUGAAUCAUUAAUUCAUCUUCAAGCAGCCUGUAUUCAAUUAUUAAAAGGCUCUUGUGUAUUCAUUGACCUUUAAAAAAGUGUUACGUGUGAAAUUGUAUAUCACCUGUACAUUGUAUUAAAUGUUAAGUGGCAUGUCAGUACUUGAGUUUGUAAGUGCAGUGUAAACUCAAAUUUUUAUUUUCAAACGAUUACUUCUUUGAGACAAGGGAAUAUGACCUGAAAGGAACACAUUUUAUUUGUAUUGUGAUUACACACCACUGUAAUCUAUGCAACAAAAUUGCUCGCCUGAGCCAUCUAAGGAAUGAAUGCUGGUAAAACUGGAUUUAAAUAAAUACAAUGAUGAAA